GAGCAGGGGCCGGGAGGGAGCCGGGGAGCGCGGCAGGCGCGGCCGGGGAGGCUGGUACCCAAGGAGUUAAGGGCUCGCCCCGCCCCGGCUCCGCCUCUCCGGUCCGCUCCGCUCUCAGGGCCGCGCUCGGAGCCGCAGAGAAGCGGAGACACGGAGCGGCGGAGCCGAGCCCGGCCGGGCCCCUGGCGAGCCCGAGCCCCGCUACGCCCCGGGGCUGCCCCCGCCGGCGCGCCCUGCUCCCGAUCCCCCGCCCCGGCCGCUCCCAGCCCCAUUCCGGCCAUUGCCCCGGGCCUGCUGCACCCCCCCGGCCCCACCCCAGGGCAUGACCCCCCCAUCCCCACCCCUCCCCUGGGGCUGCCCCCUCCCCUGGGGCUGCCCCUGAGCCUGGUGCCAAGCUCCCCUGAAGCCCCCCUGGCCCUGGAGCCCCCCCGGCCCUGGGGCCCCUGAAGGCCCCUGCGCCCUGGCUGUGCCCGUGCCCGGGCAGGACACUGGGCUCCCAGCUGGGGGCGAGGGGGGCUGUGCCUGGGCAGGGGGCCGAGCGGACAUUAUGUGAAUGGCGCUGGGGGUGCUCAGCGCGCCCGACAUGGCCUGGGAGAAGCUGAGCCGGCGGCCCGGGCUCUCCCUGCGGGUGGACCGGCUGGACGAGGCUGACGGGGAGCCUCCGGCCACCUGGCAGGGCUGUGGGCGCCUCCGGCCCUCCUCGUACCGGGCCCUGCGCAGCGCUGUCUCCACCCUGGCCCGCAUCGACGACUUCUACUGCGAGAAGAUCGGAGCCGGCUUCUUCUCCGAGGUCUUCAAGGUGCGGCACCGCCAGUCCGGCCAGAUCAUGGUGCUGAAGAUGAACAAGCUGAUGAGUAACCGGGGGAACAUGCUGCGGGAGGUGCAGCUCAUGAACCGCCUCUCGCACCCCAACAUCCUCCGGUUCAUGGGGGUCUGUGUGCACCAGGGGCAGCUGCACGCACUCACGGAGUACAUCAACGGCGGGAACCUGGAGCAGCUGUUGGACAGCCCAGUGCCGCUCUCCUGGGCCGUGCGCGUCCGGCUGGCCCUGGACAUCGCCCGUGGCCUGCGCUACCUGCACUCCAAGGGCAUCUUCCACCGCGACCUCACCUCCAAGAACUGCCUGGUGAAGAGCGAGGACAACGGCUACACGGCCGUGGUGGGCGACUUCGGCCUGGCGGAGAAGAUUCCCACCUACAGCGAGGACACUCAGAAGGAGCCGCUGGCCGUGGUGGGCUCACCGUACUGGAUGGCCCCGGAGGUGCUGCGUGGGGAGCUGUACAACGAGAAGGCCGACGUCUUUGCCUACGGCAUUAUCCUGUGCGAGAGCAUCGCGCGGGUCCCCGCCGAUCCGGACUACCUGCCCCGCACCGAGGAUUUUGGGCUGGACGUCGCCGCUUUCUGCAACAUGGUGGGGGACGACUGCCCUGCGGCCUUCCUCCAGCUGGCCUUCCACUGCUGCAGGAUGGAGCCGACGGCCCGACCCGCCUUCGUGGAGAUCACGCAGCGCCUGCAGGGCAUCCUGGAGCACCAGCUGGGAGUGGGGGGCACCGGCGCCGACCGGCAGAGCGAUGGGGAGAAUGUGCCCUCACCCGGGACCCCGGCCACGCUGAACGGCGAGGCAGCGAGCGAGCCCGCGCUCCCUGAGCAGCCACCGCCGCGUGAUCUGAGCUGGCCACACCUCCAGCCCGACCUCCGCCUCGCCCGCAGCCGCUCGGACAUGUUCCCGCCCAGGUCCCCGGCCCUGCUGCCGCCCCAGGAGCCCGCCGCGGGCGCCCGCCCCAAGGAGCUGCCGCUGCGCCUCAACCCCUUCUCCCAGCGCGAGGACCUGAAGGGCGGGAAGAUCAAGCUCUUCGACACGCCCAGCAAGUCGGUCAUCUCGCUGACCUUCGCCCUGCCGCCGCCCACCCCCUACCAGCUGGGCACGCCCAUCACGCCCGAGCCCGUGGUGGAGGCGCAGUGCGACUUCUCCGCCCCCCUGGUGCUGACACGCAAGUGCCGCUCGCUGCCCGCGUCCCCAGAGCCGGCCCGCCACGGGAGCCUGGUGCUGGGGGGGGAGCCGGCCCGCGCCUGCUGCCAGGAGGGCCCCCAGCCUCACAGCCCCUUCCCCACUCGGAGCUGGGGGGCGGCGGGGGAGGUGGCAGGGCGCUCGCCCCUCCCCAGCCCCCCCCGCAGUGGAGCAGAUGGACUGCAGCCCCGACAACCCCGAGCCGGAGCCGGCGCCUGCCCCGCCGCUCACCAACAGCACCUUCAUCAGCACGUCGGCGUCGGGCGCCCAGCCCUGGCCGCCGGGGCCCCCCAACGGCCUGCCCCUCAACAACAACAGCGUGGUGGUGAGCGCCCCGCCUGGCUGGGGCCACGGCCUGGAGCGCGGCUCCUCGGAGCUCAGCAUCCCCCGCCCGGGGGCCUUGGAGCGGACGGAGCACUCGAGCGCGCUGCCCCGGCACGCCUCCAGCGCCGGGCGGGAGCAGGACGAGGUGCUGGCCUGCCCCGGCUGCUGCCUGGGCCCCUUCAGCUUCAGCUUCGCCUCCGUCUGCCAUCGGCCCGCGCCCAGCCCGCCCCGCUACCAGCACCUCGCCUGCGAGGCCAAGAGCCUCCUCUGCCAGGACAAGCGCCCGCCCGAGCCCAGCCUUAAGCUGCCGGAGGCGCAGUCCUAGUGCUGGGCAGACGGGACGCUGGACACGGCCCCUGCGUGGCUCCGGCUCUCCCCACGGCCUGCGCUGGGCAGGGCCAGGAGCCCCGAAAUCCCCACACCUCGCCUGUGCCGGGACCCGGUUCUGCCCUGGUGACCUGGCUGCCCCUAGGGCCUCUCGCUGUGCUGGUGAGACCAUCAGCCAUUGCCCAGGCCACGCACAACCUGGGCUCAGGUCCUGGCUGGCCCAGUGUGACCGGGGGGGCUCGUGUAGGGAGCUCCAGGCUGGGCACGGACCCAGCGGCGAGGUGGGGCCGGCUCUGAGCGGGGCUGGCUCCCUGCAGUGGCACCAGGGGCGGGUGAGUCGCGCUGGGCUGACGUGCAAUAACAUGGCUGCCUCGUGCGCACGGCCGCGUCGGGGCCGGCGCUUCCCCUAGGAGGGGGAACGGUGCUGGUUCAUGCCCCACCGUGGGGAUGGGGCUGGGUGGAGGGGCUCUGCACCCCACUCAAUGCUGGGGGCUCUGGUGACCAGCCACUGAGGUGCGGCCCUGAUGGACCAGUGGGGCGCGGUGCCACCUGGGAGUCUCUGGGAAGGCACGCGGGGGCAGGUGGGCUGGACCGGCCCUCCAUCCCACCCUCCCUGUCUGCGGCUGUGGGGAGAGGAGCGGGGCUGACCCCCGAGCAGGCGCAGUCAGGGGGUCACUCCGGAGCCUGGGGCUCCUCCCUGGCCACCUGUCCCUGCGCGUCGGCUCCCCGGCCCCCGCGCUCAGAGGCGAUGGGAGCACAAGCCGGGGGGGGCAGUGGUGGGUGCUGUGGGGCAGCAGUGUGCAUGGGGGGGCUCCCCUCUGUCCAUCACACACGGGUUAGGGGCCAGGUAACGGGUGAGCCGGGCACUGAGCCGGGGUGACAGCGUGAAACCCUCCCCCAUGGAACCCGCCUGUCCGUGGUGGGGGGCACGGAGCAGACUGGAUGCCAGUCACUGGCAAGUGGGGAUAAAUACACCCCCCCCACACACACAUCAUCACUUCCUGGUUCAGGCCCUGCCCCCUCUGUGGCAGCUGUGAAGUGGCCAGUGGGGCGGGUCUUUGCAAUAUGGUGGCUGGGGCGUGCCCCCCCCGAGCUGUGUCCCCAAGCUGCCCAGCCCCUGCCCGGGGGCAGCACCCAGGCUCCCCCCCAAUGUAUACGAUGCACUGGUGAAUGCAAACUCUUGUUUUUUAUUAUGAUUAAUAAUUGCUAGUAAUAUAUGCGCUUAUUUAAGGUGUUCCAAUAAAAGUGACGGUCCCAGCUU